AUGGAAUCCAUUUUUACUCAUCCCGAUCUUUACCACAGACGGCCGAUUACAGUGCGACGCCACGACUCGAAAUGUGUCCGAUAUAACCUUGCUAUAUCGAAUAGUGGUAAUAAUAUCGACGUCACAACGAAGUUCAAUCAACAAGAUGGCGGCGAGUGGGGAGAGGCCGCCCAGUUGGCCAGGUGCUGCCGCCGCGUCGAGUUCGGCGCUAUAGCUAACUAA